AUGGAGAACCAAAAGACUACACAGCACAUCGAGCGACUCACGCAAAGGUUCGCAGAUGCAAUUAAUGGACGAGACUUCGAUCUCUCAUCGCCCGCCUGGGAUAACGUCGCCAAAGGGUUUGCUGCUGAGGCCGAAUACCCUCAUUUCCCCAGGAAAUUGGAAUUGCCAGAGCUGUUCGACAUGUUGCGGAAUCUGACUGCGGUCUUCCCAGACUACGUUCUUCGUCUCAAGGAGCUCAACACGACGGUGUAUGAGAAAGCACGCCACGCGGAAGUCUUCAUGAAGGUUGAAGUGGAAGGUGCGCCUGAAGGUGUUACCAAGCAAGGCGUUGGCAUUCUCGUCUACCGAUUGAUUGAUGAGAAGUGGUGGUUGGUAGAACAUCGAACAGCCUCAGGCAUGGACAUGACCGGGCGAGAAUAG